UGAAAUACACACACAGUGAGCCAUUCCUUCCCCUCCAACAGGAUGAUUUUUCUGUAAGCGUGUGGUGUUGAGUGCAGAGUGGGGUUGGCUUCAGCCCACAGAGGAGUGGGAGCCUCCACUUUGGUUGGCUCUCACUCGACAAACUCCAUUUUGGAACAACAGCUGUUGGAAGACGCAAGCUAUCACUGUUGUUUGCCGACGGUACAGAAGGGCAGACGUCGUCUUUUUUUGAAGAGCAAUUGCAUCGCCACCUCGCUUUGGUUUCGCCCCGCUUCAGUGAGCUUGGUUUUUUGUUCCAGCGCCAGGAAACUUAACCAGGGAUCCAUGGUGUUAAAUCUCCAUUGUAACAAGUGGAUGAGAGGAGGCGAGCGGAUCAAGGUGUAAUGAGAACGCUGGUCAUGGACAGAUGAUGGACGUGGAGACGUCGUACUCAGAUUUCAUCAACUGUGAUCGCACCGGCCGCAGGAAUGCAGUGCCUGACAUCGCAGGCGAGGGGAAAGUAGCGGCUAGCACCAGUGAAGUCACCAAAGACUUGGCAGGGAUGGAGUUGAAGGAUGCAGGGGAGCCUGGGGCCUCUCCAGCCCCGGAGGCUGAAGGCUCCACCAGUCAAGAUGCCCAGGGAGGCGGAGGCCCGUCCUAAACUGUGCCACACACUGAAGGCCGGCCAGAGGCAAAGAGACAGCAGUAGAGACUGGAGGGAGAUGGAGACAGCACCUCUCACUGAUGGCUUGUUUGGAGCCUGCUGGCACCAGUUGGAUCAGAUGUUGUGAUGGCAACCAGUAGAAAGUAGAACUGCCAUUUGAGAUGCUUCUCUUCUGCUUUGGACUCUAUUAAUCCCUUAUAUUCCUGAUGGGUCAAGGAUGCAAGGAGACUUUGGAUUUAUGUGGAGACUGAGCUGAAAACAUUUUGAAUGGUCAAAACAUUUUUCCAGGCUAAUGUGGAGCUGUAUCAUGGAGGGUGACCUCAUAACCAUCUGUCGUUUUCUUUCUCUGUAUGUCUGUGACCCUCUCGACCUGUUU